AUGUCCACCCUUGGAGCCAAGUUGGAACAGAUUCUGAAGGAAGCGGUGAAUGGCGGGACGAUUCCUGCAUCAUUCGUCGCUGUCGUAGACAAAGAGGGAACGAUAGUCUCACAGCAAGUUGGCAACAGGCUCGUCGAUGACGCGACAAGCGGGGUUGUCGACGAAGACACAAUUUUCUGGCUUUGUAGCCAGACCAAGCUCGUCACUUCUAUUGCUGCACUCCAGAUGGUCGACGCGGGAAAGAUAACCCUCGAUACCCCUGUCGAGGAAGUGCUUCCUGAACUGAAGAACCCUCUGGUUGUCACUGCACACGAUGAGUCUGGACGAAUCAAAUCGACUGUCCCCGCUAAAGGCAAAAUUACAUUUGGGCAGCUGCUACGCCAUACGAGUGGCCUGGAGUAUGCGCUUGACGGAAAACUUGCCCCCAGUGGUCCUUGGUUAGGUCUGCCCCCGGCUUACACUCACAACUACAAGGGUCAAGGCGUCGAGAAAUACUUCGACCUAGUGAAGGGAGACCUUCCGGGAGUUCCGUUGCGCUUCGAGCCUGGCACAAAUUGGGCUUACGGCUAUGGCACCGACUGCGCUGGCUUUAUCGUCGAACGUCUCUCCGGAAAAUCGCUGGAGCAGUACUUCCAGGACCACAUUUUUGCUCCGCUUGGGAUCUUUUCUGCGUCGUUCAAGCUAUCGCAAGACAAAAAGGACAAGUUGCUCCACCUGUCGUUACGCGAGACCAAUGGAACACUCAAGUCGCUCGACAUUCCUCCUUUCCACGAUGAAGAUUCUGAAGUCUAUCUUGGAGGCGUUGGGUUAUACUCGUCGCAAAAGGAUUAUAUGCGCUUGCUGCAGCAUCUACUUCAAAUCAAGCUGGGAACAGCGACUAAUCCUAUCUUGUCGCGUUCUUCGAUAGAGGCGUUGUUCACGCCAACGUUGAACUCUAGUGGUGCAGACGUCGCCCAUGCAACAUCGGCAUUCUACAUGCCCAACGUUGGGAUCCCAGCCAAAGCGGCGCAAUUUUCCCAUGGACUACUGCUCAACACCGCCGAUAUUCCCGGCAAGCGAAAGGCUGGUUCAGGUGCUUGGACUGGCUGGGCGAAUACCUUCUACUUUGUGGACCCAUCGAAAGGGAUAGCAAUGGUGUUUGGGACGCAGCUGACACCUCCGGCAGACGACUUGGUGACAAAGGUGUUUUCGCAGUUGGAAAAGGAAGUUUAUGUGGCGUAG